AUGUCUCGCGAGCCCUUCUUUCCGAUGGAACCCAAGCAAAGUGGCUCGGGAUCGACGGAUCUCUGCAAAAUCUGUGGCCAUCUGGCCGCCGGCUUCCAUUACCAGUGCCUGUCCUGUCUCCGAUGCAAAACUUUCUUCCGACGGUAAGAUUUUUGAACCAAAAAAUAAGGUUUAUAUUUGCUGAUUAUUAAUUUGUUUAUUAAAACCGGCCAAAAAGUAGGUAAACCCACGUGAUUUUAGGUGAAAACGUGUGUUUGAAAGGUCAAAAAUAACAAUAAAUAGUAAGUAGAACCUUUAAAAGUAAUAUUAAUUUAGUCUAAACAGCGUCAAUAUGAAUGAAUGUUCUGUGGUGCUGACGUUUCGUUUUCGGAAAUUGACCUUGUAUUUUGUGAUUAUGGUCCGAAAAUAUCUAUAGAUUCGUUCAAUUGGACUUUCAAUAUGAAAAUAUAGAGUAACAAGGUGAAGUCAGAAAAUUUGAGAUUGAAAAUCGAGGAUUAUUAAAAGGAUCAUAACGAUAACCCGCGUCGUACAGUCCCGACAAUUUUAUCGCUGGCGUCGCGUGCGAGAAUUGGAAUGCGGUCGCGUAAAAGUGCAUGUCGCUUGGGUAAAACCGGGAAAUCGCCUGGUGGCCGCGAAGAUUUGAGAAAAAUGCACUAUGCAAAAAUGUCGGGACUUUAUGGCGAGAGUAGUGUACUCCAAAAAAGCAUGUUCAAAAUUUUUCGAAAAUUCUAAGCGGAAACACAGUAUUCGGGCUUACUGCAGUAUGCCCGAAGUGCAGAGUACAGUAUUCCUAAAAAAUAAGUCUUUUUCAAACGAAAUCCGGAAAGAAAUGGUCAAUCAGUCUAUCUCUGGCCAUCCCUCUUCGUCUUCCAUACUCUCUCGACAAAAAUGUCUGUUGAGUUUCUCGACGGUUCCUGUAAUUCGUGAGAUUUUAAGAGUUUGAUUAGUAGCAUAGUGAAAGUAUACAAACCAAAUUUGAGUACAAUCUGACGGCCACAGUUUCAAAAAUUACCUUUUGAAUGUAUAGCACAACACAUCAACUAAUUUACUAAAAAUUUGUUAGGUUUGUAUUUAAUUUGCGUCUAGAUUUGCCAAAAUGGUAGACUAAUUUGUAAUAAAAUUUAUACUAAAUUUAGUUUCAACCCUUUUCAGAGCUGUUUUACAACGCCAAUCCACCAAAUGUGAGAAUCACAAUCGCUGCAAUUCUCCAUCUGCUCCAAAGUUAUGUCGAGCUUGUCGGUACAAGAAAUGCCUGGAAAUGGGAAUGUCCAUCAAAUCGCUUCAGCCCAAAAGAGAUAUCAUUGGAGUUCGAAUCGUCGAAAAGAAACCCAAAAUAAAACCUAAUUGUAAUCAAGAACUGGUCAAAUUCAUAGUUGAUCUAACUCGGACUGACGAAAAAAUCCGGAAAAAGAAAUUCGAAGUGAUCAGAGUCAAGGAAGAGGCACAAAAAUUAUCCGCGACAGUAAAUCGAAGGGAAUACAAGACCUGCGAGAAAGUGAAUGGGAAAUAUUUAUCGCUGAUGGCCAAGGCGGAUGUGGCCAUUGUCACUCAAAUCGAGACAAUCAGCAUGCUGGAAUGGACCAACACCUUGACAGAGUUCCAGAACUUGCCAUUGGAUGAUCGAAUGAUUCUGUUGAAACGGUGAGGGCUUUGAUUUUGGGACAAAAGCUAUAUUACACUGCCUGUAACAAAGGUGACAAAAAGAAAAAUCCCUGAUUUGUAACAAAUUUUGCAUGGAUACCCUUUAUAGAAUACAAAAAUAAUCAAUGCCUAAAAAUUUUAGUUCAGCCUCAUCAGAAAGAGCCGAGAUAUAAAAAUUAUUUCGAGAGACUAUGGAAAAUGAUUAGAGACGGUGAGAGAAAAAAGUGUUUUUAGCGGUUUCUCUCUGGGAUUCGCUCGUAAAGGGUCUCAAUUCUUAUAAAAACACAUUAUUUUACCCGGUACUAUCAAAUUUUAAAAUUAAAAAUCGAACCCGGAUUUUUGGUACCCGUCGAUUUUCGAUCUUAAAUGUCGCGUUCCAGCUUCUCUGUGCAUCAUCUCCUGAUCGAACACGGGUAUUAUACGGCCUGCUCUGGCCUCCGCGACAUUUGGUUGAUCUCAAAUGGGAGUUAUAUGCCCAAAACUAUCAACGAAAUGCCCGACGAGCUUAAGGUAAAGGCUAAACGUCCUAAUGCAAUAUUCCUUACAGAAAAAUCUUCCAGAAGCCCGAGUAUGGCGUCAGGAAAAGUUAUAUACUCGAAUGACCAACAGAUGCAUCGAUGAAGUGGCCAAUCCCUUCGAGAAAUUGAAGUUAAUGCCUCAGGAAUUGAUCACCUUAAAAGUGAUCAUGCUUUUUAGUUGUGGAAAUCAGUCUCAGUCAGGUAAAUUGCGAUGACUUUGUGCUGUAUCGUGUAAUUUCAGAGGCAAACCAACUGCCAAUUAGCGAGACAAGUCGUCAGAGUUUGCAUCAGAUCCGAGAUAAAGUCAUUAAAGCCAUGUUUGAGUACUAUAAGUAUAUUAAUUACAAAAACUAUGAAGGUAAGGCUAUUUUGAUGCGAAGGGAGACUGAAUAUGAACUGACUGAAUAUGAAGGACCGAAUAUGAAGGACUGAAUAUGAACUGACUGAAUAUGAACUGGGGUGCUGACUGAAUAUGAAGGACCGAAUAUGAACUGACUGAAUAUGAACUGGGGUGCUGACUGAAUAUGAAGGACCGAAUAUGAACUGACUGAAUAUGAAAACCGGGUUUCUGUUACUGUUACUACCUAGGGGGGCUAAGGUAGUACAGCCCCCCAGUCCAGUUUAGCCCCCCAUAACCCAGUACAACCCCCCUCGUCCAUUCUGAACCCCAAAAUUUAUUUCAAAGAAUUAAUCCAAGUUGUAUGGUCCAGCACAAGCCCCCAACGUUUUAGAUCAAGCCGCUUACGUUGUAGAUCAAGCCCCCUUCGUUUUAGAAAAAGCCCCCUACGUUUUAGGUCAAGCCCCCUACGUUUUAGAUCAAACCCCCACUUACAUUUUUUGUAUUAUUCUAAUUUGUUCAUUAUGUGGGGUGUGAAACGGGUAAAAACAGUGGGGGUUUGAACUACCUUUCGUGGGGGGCUCAACUACCGAAGCCCCUACCUAGGUCCCGAUUAAGGACUCUUUUUGAAAUUUUUUCGACUUAUAACACCUUUACACGUUAAUGGUGUUGUUUUGGUGCCUAGUGGAGCCCAAAAACACAUUUUUAACACUUGGUACUAUAUAGUACCAAUUGGUACCAUUUAGUACGAGGCGAAAAUUUGGGCGUAAGGCGGUAAUGGUGUUGGUUUGGUGUUUAGUACAGCCCAAAAACACAUUUAUCGCACUUGGUACUAUAUAGUCCUUGAAAUAGUCCAAAUUUGCCAAAUUUCAUAUUCAGUCAGCACCACAGUUCAUAUUCAGUCAGUUCAUUUUCAGUCAGUUCAUAUUCAGUCCUUUUCAUAUUCAGUCCUUCAUAUUCAGUCAGUUCAUAUUCAGUCAGGCACCCAUUUUGAUGAUCUCAGACGAUGAUUCCAUUUUUCAGAGCGUUUUGGAAAUGUAAUUUUAACAAUUUCGGGUAUUUUCUCGGCCUCGACCACCUUGUUGGAGACCUAUCAGAUCAUGCGGUUCUUCGAUCUGGCGGUUUUUGAUCAUAUCUCGGAGCAAUUGCUCUUCAACACCGUCAACCUCGACCGUAACUACCUGUAA